AUGAAGGUCCUUCUCCUGGGAGCUACCGGAAAUCUAGGAUCUCGAAUCCUGCCAGCACUCCUCACGCACGGCCACACGGUGGUUGCAUACGUUCGGUCCGCUCAAAAGCUCCAGUCACUCCUCCCGGAAUCUGUCUUUCGUCAAAUUACAACCAUCAAGGGCGAUGCUACCGAUGUCAACGCGAUAAAAACAGCCAUCCUCGAUUCGAAAUGCGACGCCAUCGUUACCGCCGCCGGUGUAGCCGCCAUGGCUCCCUGGGCUAAAAGUGAUCUUCCCAAGAUCUUCCAGGCCAUCCUACAAGCCGUACGCCAGGCUGGCGAAGAAAGGGGGCAGCCGUUGAGAUUCUGGUGUCUCGGAGGCACUGGGGUAUUGUACUAUCCAGGAACCCAAUCGAUGCUCUCAAGCUACAUUCCCGUCUUUCUCGAACAUCGACAGAACGUUGCUCUACUAAGGGAACUCCCACCAAACAGCGUCGACUGGUCUAUGCUCUGUCCAGGCAACAUGACACCUGAGUCGUCCGAUUUCAACGUGCCAACAAAGACUUCACAAGGAAAGCUCAUCGCUCAGGCCGCAAAUCCACCGUCGUGGCAGCAUCUCUGGGUCAGGUUCAUUCCAGUGAUUGGGAAGUCGAUUGAAAUGGCCAUCAAUUUCAGUCGAUACGACACAAAGCUCGAGCAGAACGCAGAGCUCAUCGCCGCCGAUCUCGAGGAAGGCCAUGACAGCCGCUUCGUUGGGACGACCGUCGGUAUUAUUAGCGGGUCGAAGUGA